AUGGGAGUUAAAAUUCACUUGGAGUACUGUGGCUGCUGAGGUUAUGAGCCCCACUAUCAGGAACUGGCCACAGCGGUUAAAAUGCAUCAUGAUGCAGAGAUUUCUGGUGCAGUUGGGAGAACAGGGAGCUUUGAAAUUGAAAUCAAUGGACAACUGGUGUUUUCAAAGCUAGAAACUGGUGGGUUUCCCUAUGAAAAAGAUGAUAUGGAAGCCAUGGGGAAAGCAAAUUCAGGUGAAGCUGUGCAGAAGAUUACAAACAGCAGACCUCCAUGCAUCAUCCUCUAGACUAGCAACUGAUGGUCGGUCACUCCAUCGUUUCUGGAACACAUCUGUCAUGCAAAGCCAUAUAACUACACAAAACAGUCCUUAUGAG